AAGUUGAGAAUACCGACGCAUCAGUGUGGAUUAGCUGUGUAACAUGGCUCCUGACCUUUUCUCUUUAACUUUUAGUUUUCUUUAAGACUCUGGAGCUGAUAUGAAGGCGGGCGCCUCGUGUGUGUGGGCAUCGUGCUGUAGUCUGCUGAACGAGCUGAUGGGCGCAGGGGCAGUGAGAGGGCAGCAGCCCGGGUUCGGAGGAGCCGGUCCGUUCCGCUUCGCUCCGUCCACCGGAUAUUCCACACACACACACCCUCACAGACAGACUCAUACACACACUCACAGACAGACUCACACACACCCUCAUACACAGACUCACCGACAGACUCACACACACCCUCAUACACAGACUCACACACACCCUCAUACACAGACUCACACACACUCUCGUACUCGUACACACCCUCACACACACAAUCACACUCAUACGCACUCUCAAAGACACACUCACCCUCACACACCCCCCCAGUCACACACACCCCCUCAGUCACACACACUCAGCUGUCAGUCAUGUCGAGAGAGCUUCUCCAUUAACAGGACAAGGCACGUGUGUUGCGAGUGUAGGCGGAGUUUCUGCUCGGUGUGUUCGGUCCUGCAGGAGAACCUGAGGAUCUGCUGCACGUGCCACCUGCUGAAGGCGACGGCGUUCCAGAGGCCGCGCCUCAUGACGCUGCGCGUGAGAGACCUGCGGCGCUACCUGACACUGCGCGACAUCAACAGCGACACCUGCAGAGAAAAAGAGGAUUUGGUGAAUUUGGUGCUGUUUCAUGAAGGGGUGGAAAGCGAAGACGAAUCGGACACGCCCACUCUCCCCACGAGCCCACCGAACACCCCACCCACCACAGACUCCGCCUCCCCGCUCUCACCCGCUCACGAGGAGCCGAUCACCAGGGACGACGGCUCGGGGUCCACCAGUGAGCAGCUUGGUGACUCCGCAUCACUUUUGACCCUCGAGCCCCCCGAACAAACCCCAGAGGUGGUGCGGAGGGCGGGGCGAUUGUCCCUCUCUGACCUGUCGUGUGUGGACGAGGUGGAGCAGCUCACGGUGAGACAGCUGAAGGAGAUCCUCGCCCGGCACUUCGUCAACUUCUCCGGCUGCUGUGAGAAAUGGGAGCUGGUGGAGCGAGUGAAGAGACUGUACACGGAGACAGAGGACAACCGCAAGUCCAAGGGUGUGAGCGCAGGACUGGCGGUGGAUGAGAACCUGUGCCGUAUCUGCAUGGACGCGGUGAUCGACUGCGUGCUGCUGGAGUGCGGUCACAUGGUCACGUGUACCAAGUGCGGCAAGCGCAUGAGCGAGUGUCCCAUCUGCAGACAGUACGUCAUCCGCGCCGUCCACGUCUUCAGGUCCUGACGUCUCACCAUAUGCAAACAUUCCACAGGAGACAACCAUGCAGCACACACACACACACACACACGCACGCACACACACACAAACCUCGGCUGCGGAGUCAGAUUGGCUCCUACUUUAGAACUGUGGAUCUAACGUUUUAAAUACUCAUCUUCUCGUGUGUGUGUGAAAACAAGUCGACACUGAAUCUUCAGGAUGAUGUCCACAAGACGCAGGUUCACCUGGAACCUCCUGAGCAAUAUGUGUGUGUGUGUGUGUGUGUUUUAAUUCUUCAUCAGUCCGGUCUGAUGUCUUGUAAUCAAAUGUUUAUUUUCAUGUAAAAAUAUUUUAAAUCUGUUUGACUCCAUGCUGAACUAACACACUACAUGCAACUCUGCCUUCUGCUAAAAUAUUUACACCGAUAAUAAAAACUAAUAACGCUGUUUCAUUA